UAUUCGGAUUUUGUGGUUGAGCCAACCAAGUACAUUACAAAGCAACAGUCUGCUUGAGGCUUGUCCAGGGAUACUUGAGCUUUAUAGUGAAUAGAUUGGAUCGUCUCCAGAUCGUUGGAGGGGUAGGACUUUGUAGACAAAGAAAAUCCCUGCAAUUCUAUAGAACUAGCUAGGAUAGCUGGGUUACGUUCUACUUCCUAAAAGGUAGGUGAGUCGUUAUAACAUCUUAACAUGUGUAAGCAUCGAUUGACAAUGGGGUUAUAUUUACUUGGAGUACAUAGAGAAGUACUUUAAUACCUACCUACCUUGGUAUCUUUCUAGAUAAUGCAUGUAUGUACUGGCCUCCCAACGCGCCUCUUGCCUAUAUAGCUCUCUAGGCACAAUAGCGGCGGGGUUGCAAGGGACGAUAGACGGGCUGUAAAUGUGCCUGCGUUGAGUAGCCUCACAUAAACCAAUUCGUUACAUUUAUAUCCACUACUACCACUUACCUACGAUAUCGUAAUCUCAUGCCAUUUACAUGCCACUCAAUUAGACGAUAAGUAAAAAGAAAUAACUUGCCUCUGAUAACCCGCCCAAUUAGAAAAGAUGGAACCUACAAAGGUACCAGACUUCGACGACCUACCGAAAGUCCCAGACAUGCCCCAAGGAUGCGCAUGGGGCGUAUUCGACAAGGACGGAAAGAAAGAUCUCUUAGGCACACUUAAUAUCCUAACUCCGACCGUGGUUAAGGCCGCGUUCAGUGAGGCGCGGGAUGGCGUGUCGAUCUCUUUGAAUUGGCCGCUGAAUGGAAUACCGUUCCCUCUCCCGGGAAGAGGGCAACCUACCCACAAACAGGUGACGCUGCGCGAGUCAGGCAUCUCCGAGGGAACGGGGUGGGACGACGAGAUUACGUUUAAUACUCAGAUUAGCAGUCAAUGGGAUAGUCUGAUUCAUUGGCAACACCAACCCUCAGGUCUGGCGUAUAAUGGCAUUUCCGUCAGUAAGGAAGCGCUAGGCGUCCCGCAUACCGCAGCGAAUACGAUGCCGACUCUAGACCAUUGGCACGCGGCCGGCGGCGUCGUCGCGCGGGGUGUACUCAUCGAUUUCAAGUCCUGGGCCGAAGUGCGUGCACGCGCCGAAGGUAAGACCGGGGAAGCCGCUACGUUCCACCCGCUCGACGGGCACCGUAUCACAGUCGCCGAGCUAGAGGCCGUGGCCAAGGAUCAGGGUGUUGAGUUCCGACCCGGGGAUAUCCUCGUCGUACGAACUGGUCUCACCGAAAUCUUACAAGCCCCACGUCCGGAAGACUUGGCCAAAUUACAGACCCAGAAGAUCGCGGGUGUGCAUGGUGUGUUGGAGUCUGCGAAGUGGAUUUGGAAUAAGCAUUUUGCGGCUGUCGCGGGUGAUUCUUGGGCUUUCGAGGCAUUGAUGCCGUUGAAGGAGGAUGGAAAUGUGGGCGGUCCUACGGAUCUUUAUCUCCAUUCUUGGUUAUUAUCGAUGUUCGGCAUGCCGAUCGGUGAGCUUUGGGACUUGAAGGCGCUAUCGGAACACUGUAAGGCAACGGAACGGUACAGCUUCUUGCUCACGUCAGUGCCGUUGAAUAUUCCUGGGUUAAUCGGAUCCCCGCCGAAUGCGUUGGCGAUUUUCUAAGCUAGAAAUGAGUAUAAUGACGACGAUG